UGUUCCACAAUCCAACCCGUGAUUUGAUAAUAGCUUCUGAAAGCCCAGGACAACUUAAUUCCUUUUUAAAUUUAAUUUCUCUAUUUAGUCAGAAACAUAUCAAGCUUCAAAAAUAUUUUUAAAUAAUUCCCCAUAUUCUACAGAAUCUGAAGAUGCGCAUCUAUUUAUUUUUAUGUUUAUUAUUAAUUUUAUUUAAAAUUGUUUUGAAUGUCAAACCAAAAAAGGUUCCAACAUACUACGAUAUAUUGAACGUCAAAAAGGAAGCUCCACAUAAUGAGAUUGUGAAAUCAUUUAGAAAAUUGGCACUGAAAUAUCAUCCAGACAAAAAUAAAGGUCCAGAAGCUACCAAAAUUAUGCAAGGCAUUAAUGAAGCUUAUAAUACCCUUGAAGAUGAGGAUAAAAGGAAAGAAUACGAUUUGAAAUUGGCACGUAAACCGCUGAAUAAAUAUUAUAAAAAACGGAAAAAUACUGCAAAUGGAGAGGCUGGAUCUUCUGGAACUAAUAAAAGAACAAGAGGUUUGAUUUCUACUUGA